AUGUCAGAAGAACAACAUAUAAAUAUAAAUAAUGAAUAUUGUCCAAUAACACGUCUAUCUUAUCCAUUAUCUUAUUUAACUGGUAUAAAUGAAGAUAUACGAGGUGAAUUAGUACAUUCUAUUAUUGAUUUACAACAACAACAACAACAACAACAACAACAAGAACAAUCUAUGAAUACAUGUGCAGUACCAAUCAAUGUAUGUUGUGUUUGUUCUAAUGAUGAAAAUGAUUUACAAUCAUUACAUUCUGAUGUUCAAGUGUUAUGCGCUACUCCAGGUUGUAAAUAUAAUGGUCCAAUACAUAGAAAGUGUUUAGAACAUUGGGAUGCAUGUUGUGAUUUCUAUUGUCAUUUAUUAAAUAAUUCAUUCAAUAAUUCAUUACUACAAAAAUCAUCAACAUUUGAAACAAUUUCAACAAUAAAACCAACAAUAUCAUCAUCAUUAUCAUCAUCCAUUUUAUCAAAUUUCAAUGAUUCACCUUUACAUAAAUCAUUUAUGGAAGGUUUAUUUCGACUUUAUGAAUGUCCAGCAUGUGGUCAAUAUACAUUGUAUAGAUCAUCAAUUCAUUCAACAGUAUCUUCCACUUCUAAUGCUACUGGUCAGACAUCACAAACAUUAUCGUCUACAACAUCUAAUCAUUUUACAAGUGUUUUAUGCGCUAUUCAAUAUGCUACUGAAAAAUUAAAUCAAUCUGAAAAUUCAAUUCAAUCAAAAUUAUUACACUCUGAUCCAUAUUCACAAUGUAAACAAUAUACUUCAAAUUCACCAGUGGAUUAUAUUGGAUCAAUGGAAUUAUCACCGAAAUUCUUAGAUGAUUUAAAAUCUCAAUCGAAAAUACCCAUAACAAAUUCAUCAACAACGGUUAGGUCACAUUCCUAUGUUCAACAACCACUGAUUACGGAUCGAUUCAAUGAUAUUUUAAGACGAUAUUCAUUAAGUCGUGAAACAAAUGAUCCUACUAAAUUUUCAACUAGUAAUACAUCAAGUAGUAUGAGUAGUGGAUAUCACAGUGGUUUAUCAACCGGUGAACAUACUGUUGAUCCUAGUCGCCGUUGUAGUGAUAAUUCAUAUGAUCAAUUCAUGUUAUCAAUGAAAGGAGAAGAUAUUAUGAAAGGGAAUGAAGAUAAUUGUAUACCAUGGGAAAUUACAAAUAAUCAAACAGGUCAAUCAAUACCAAGAGCAUUAAUCAAAGGGAAACUACCAAACGAUGCAACUAUGUUAAAUGAUGUUAUCAAGUAUUCGAUUGAUUCAUCUAUGCCAACAACAAGAAAGAGUUAUUCAUCAACUGUAAACUUGGAUGAUCUUUUUGAUAGAAGUUUAGAUACUACUGUGAAUAACAAUAUGACUAAUAACAAUGACAACAACAACAACAACAAUGUUGGUAACACUAAUCUUAUGAAUAGACCUCUUUCAGCGAUUGGUAGUCGACGUCAUCAUUCUACAUCUGAUGGUUCUGGAAAUAUCAGCUCUUCAACUGUUGGAGGUACUACUAAUACUACGACUACUACUACUACUACUAUUACGACGACGACUACAAAUACUUCUUAUCAUCAUAAUGUUAAAUCGAAUCCUUCAUGGUCAAAUGAUUCAAUCGGUAAAUCAAGAAUGACACAUUGGCAUGGUAAUAGUAAUAUUGAGACGAAAAUGAAAAAGGUUGUCAAUACCAAAGGAAAUAUAUUUCUACAAAGGAAUGAUUUCAAUGUAUUCAUGAAUUUACCAAAUUAUAAACAAAAUGCUUAUUUCAUUCAAAUGGAUGAUGACAGUUGUACAGGAAAUGAAGAUACACGUGCAUUUCUAUUAGCACAGUUAACAAAUCAUCGAGUUUCUGAAGUCUACUGUUUAGCAUGUCAACAAAUUCUGCCAAUUUAUGAUCAUUUUCCUGUGAUAGAUGGUAUCUUUUUCAUCAGUCCAUUAUGUCAUCGUUCUAAUGAAGGUCAUCGUAAGGGUGGUGGCCUACGGGUCACUUGGCAUACAAAUGGUAUACAGAAUCAAUCUGUUCAACAACAACAACAACAGCAGCAAACUCAUCGAGCACACAAUGCUACUACUAACAACACUGAUAACAGUAGUAUCAGUAACCAUUUAAUUUCAUCGACAAAUGAUUAUCAAUCUAUAAAUGAAGUAGCUUUGAAACUUUUGGCUCCACUAAAGAUUAUCUCACCACCACCUGGUUGUCUUGGACCUAGGCAACAAUUAAAUUCAACACAGCAUAAUAUGAUUAGUACUGGUACCGUUGGGGGUGCGGGCUCAAAUCAAGGUACUGGUAAUAAUAAUAACAAUAGUAGUAUACCAUCUAGAUUUUCAACAAAUCAUUCAUCUACUAGGCAAUGCCGUUAUUUACAUGCUCUAUGCUUGAAUUGUAUGCAUUCAGAAAACAUGAUGACCACUGGUCGAGUAAAUGAUUUAAAACGUAUUAAAUGCAAAAUUUGUAGUAAACCUUGGUCUGGGACUUCAUUACUAGUUGGUGGUCUUUACACUUAUGAUAUAUUUGCUGCUGUACCAUGUUGUUCAGCUCAUUUAACAUGUGGUUCAUGUCAAUCACGUUUAGAUAAUUUAUCACUAUCAUCCAAUUCAACAAUAUCGUCCCCCUUCUCCUCCUUAACAACAACAAAUACUACAACAACUACAACUACAUUACAAUUAUCAUCAAAUGAUCUACCUCAUCAACAUCAAUAUCAUGAUCAAAAUCAAUUUCCAAUCAAUAAUAUUGAUCAAUCGAUAAAUAAUCUUACAAUUAAAUCUUAUCCAUUAAAUUAUUUUAGUCAAUAUAGUAAUUUAAUUAUUUGUCCAUAUUGUUCUAAAGUGGAUUAUCAUUUUGUUAAAUUAUUUGAAGAUUAUUAUGAAGUUAAUAAUUGAUUAUUAAAGUUCUUUUUUUUUACAUUUCAACUUCACUAUCGUACAGGAUCAUUUCAUUAUACUUUUGAUAUUUUACUUCUCAGGGUGUUUUACUUUUUUUGCUUUCUGUUUCAACAAGUUAAUACAAUCGAGCAAUUCAAACAACCAGACAAACAACACAAACACAAACACAAACAAACG